AGAGAAUGCCAACAAACGAGUCGCUACUCGGCGGUGGCGGCACGACUCGCUAUUCACUAGUGAAGUAGUCACUAGUCAGUAUCGGUGCGAAAGUGGGGCGAGUCGGUCGCGUGCUCCCACGCCUCAUUCCUUUGUUUACUUUGUGUUCGCACAGCAUACAUGUAAACGCUUUGAUAUGGAAACCGAUCUGGUGUAAAAUGGAGUGUUUGAAAGGUGUAGCGGGGUGCGUGAGGCGAGAGGAGGGCGACGGGGAGGCGGCGGUGAGUGGAGCGGAGCCGCCGCCACCGCCGCAGCCACUGCCAUCGCCGAUGGUGACUCUCGAGACGGCCGAAGAGCGGCGGCAGCGCUGGCGCAGCGUGUACGUGAUCUACUUCACCAUGUUCCAGAUGUCGCUGGGCUUCAGCAUCGUGCUCACCGGCGUGUGGCUGUAUCUGAACAAGCUGGAGCCAGGCGCGCAGAAGGACGUGAUGGGCCUUGCGGUGGGCGCCAACCCGCUGGGACAGCUGCUGGCGUCGCCGCUGCUGGGGCUGUGGGCGAACCGCGCGGGGUCGGCGCGGGGCCCGCUGCUCGCCUCGCUAGCGCUGUUCGUGCUGGCCAGCGCGCUCUACUCCCAUUUGCACCUUACGCGCCCCUACGCCAAGUACUGGAUGGUGUUCGCCAGGUUCCUCGUCGGGGUCAGUUCAGCGAACAUAGCGGUGGCGCGGUCGUACCUGUCGGCGGCGACGCUGGUGUCGGAGCGCACGCGCGCAGUGGCGGCGGUGUCGCUGGCGCAGGUGCUGGGCUUCGUGGUGGGGCCGGCGCUGCAGGCAGCGGCCGCGCCUCUCGGGCCUGGUGCGCCGUACGCGCCGCCCGGCCAGCGCGACGCCGUGCUGCGGCUCGACAUGUACACCGCGCCAGGCUGGAUCAACGUAGUGUUGGGGCUCAUCAACUUUGUGCUCUUCCUCCCCUGCUUCUUUACUGAACGGAAGAUCGCAGCGCGCGAAGCCAUGAUCGCGCAAGGAAAGGACUCCGAGAAAGAAGCAUUGAAGUCGUUGAAGCCGGACUUGAUCAGUAGUUGGACGCUGGUGGGCGCAUUCUUUGUGCUAGUGUUCAACUUCGUGCUGCUGGAGACACUGGCCACACCGCUCACCAUGGACCAGUUCGCGUGGAGCAAGAAACAGGCGCUCGAGUACAUGGGCGCGCUCAUGAGCGCCGGCGGCGUAGUCGCGUGCGCCACCUUUGCGCUUAUUUCCACGCUCACCAAGUUCUUCGAGGAACGCGCGUUGCUCUUGUGGGGUGGGUUCCUGCUGACGGGCAUGGCGUCGGUGUUCUGCAUCCCGUGGGGUCCGGGCCCGCCGCCGCUGGCGCCGCUCAACGCCACGGAGGAGGCGGGCGGGUGUCCGCAGCUCGCGCAGCCCUGGUGCGAGUCCUCGCGUGGCCUCACCGUGCCGCAGUUCCUGCUCGGCUACGCGUGCGUCUCCGUCGGCUACUCGCUCGGCGUCACGCUAAUACAGACUAUAUUCUCCAAGGUGCUGGGCCCGAGGCCGCAGGGCGUGUGGAUGGGCGUGCUGACGGGCGCGGGGUGCCUGUCGCGCGCGCUGGGCCCGGUGUUCGUGGCGGCGGUGUACGCGCGCGCCGGGCCCGACGCCACCUUCGGCAGCACGGCGGCGCUCACCUUCGCGGCGCUCGCGGCCCUGCGGCUCGUCUACAAGCGCCUGCAGCCGCCGCCGCUCGCCCCCGCACCGCACGCACCGCACGCACAGCCAGCGCACGCGCAAGAACUGCAGCCGCUCAACAAGCCAGAAGUGAAGGAGCGCACUGUCACGUGACGAACGUCGUGCGCCCGUCGGCGCCGCUCAACACUAGUUUUAUUAUGUCAUUAUAAUUUUAGCAAUUUAUGUGAGCAUGCUCGCGUGUCGUAUCGAUGUUUAGCGACAGUCCCCCUUAGCUAGCGGGGAGUGAAUGAGAGGGAGGGAACAAUAUGGCUAUCAAAGACGAUCGAAUAUUGUACAAGUUGUGCAUGUCGUAAACUGAAGCCGCAUUAAUCCAAAGCCAUGAUUAUGUAGAAAUAUUAACUGCGGUAAAUAAAGGGACCGAAUUAUAAUAUUUAUAUUGAACAAUAUAAUAAUAUGUAAAUAUUAAUAAACUCGGCUUUACAUAAUUUAUACGAUUGUAGACGUAAACUUCAGUUAUUCUUGCCGCUAGUACCUUGAUGUAUAUGGAGAAUAUGUUGAGGGAUUCUCACAUCUGCUGCUGUAUAAUGCAACGUGUUGAUGUUAUCUACAUCGGACAGUAUUGAGCAACUCGUUGCGACUUGCGGCCGAUGACGACUGGCGGCGGUAUUUGGAGCUGUGACCGAUAGUGUGCGUCGUAUCGCACGCAUAUUUAUAGACUCGAGUGGACGCCGCGCCCGACACUUCACGUGAAUUUUGUUUGUUGGCGUUUCAUGCCAUUUUAAUAUGGUUCCUAUUAAAAUAUACACGUGUUUGUAAAUGUCGGCGUCAUCCGAACCUGGUCCACGCCAUUGUUCCUUGAUCUCUAGUAUAAUAGAGUAGCCUUCGAGUGGUAAUAAAACCACUAGUGUAUUUUAUUUAAUCAUCCAGUGUAAUACUGAACAAGCUUAGUGCACUCAAUAACUGGCCAUUAAAAGCUUUGGAAUCCGUUGCUCCAGGGUGUAUAGUAGUAAAGUUGUGGGAGGUGGUCUACUGGUUAUGAGCAAGGGUAGUGCUUAGAAUCAACCAGGUUAAAGAAAUCUCUUACAACGCUCGGAAUCUAUAGGGUACAAUAUUUAAUAAUAAAGAAUGAUGUAGCUGUCGGUAAUUAAAACAUAGUAUAAUGCAAAUGAAGCUGAGCCCCCAUUAUAGUUCAUUGUCGUUGGUCGCGAGUCGCGGCGCGGUACUAUCGUUGUCAUAUAAUGUACGUAGGUAGUACGUCGUAACGCGUAGCCACUGAGACAGGUAUUACAUAUAAUAAUGCAACGAAUAUUACUUUUAAAGAUUCGAAUACUUCAUACAGUGAAAAAGGAUAAUGGAAAUAAAAUAUGCCAAGCGAUAUAAAUACGAAUAUUCGUAAAAAGAAUCAGUUGUAAAUAUUACUGCUGGCGCCGUUUCUGCGUAAAAGUAUGAGUUAGUCAAGUCGGUGAUUUCACAAAGUUAAAUAGUGUUUAUGGUUAUUUAAUUUUAUUAUGUUGGACUGUCAAUUUCAGUCCAUUUCAUAGUAUGGUUUUUUAGUAUUUGAUGAUUAAGACUGAAUGUGUGCGUGUGUUUCAUUUUUAUUACGUAUUUUAUUAUGUUAGUUUGUAUACAUAAUAAUUAUCUAUUAUUCUAAAACGUUGCGUAGCCGAAGACAAGGCUUAGUAGGCAUGUUACAAUAGCCCCAUGAGACGGCAUAUAUUUUCUCCCGGCGCUCCUAAAGUUAGAAGAUUUCCCAGGGAUUUUUGUUUGUAGCAAAUAGAAAGAAAGAAAGAUUUGUUACUGGCAUAAUUUUAAAUAGACACAUUACUACAUUUAACAAACUAAAUAAAAAAAAAAGAAAAUUACUAUAUUAUCAAUAAAUAAAUAAACAAAAAUUCCAUAAAGUCCAGCAAAGGUCAUAAUCUCAGCGGUCUAUUAGUAGAACUAGAAGCUGAUGUCGAGAGUAAGGAAUAAUUCCGGGUAGACAUUAAGGAUGGUGAUAGAUAUGUAUGUAAUCUGCUGGGCUUGGCUAACCGUCCACUCCAAGUGUGGAGUGUGGAGACUAUUAAGAUGGCGGACGCCGCCCGAACUAUUAAUUAAGGAUAGAGCUUCAAAAUUAACACAAACUAUGACGUUGUGUCGGUUUUCAAAAGUAUUAUAUUAUAUUGAUAUAUGUAUAUCUCACGCAAUGCAAUCCCAACAUGUGUUCGGUAAUUCUGCUUUAGUAUGCGGCAUACUGUGUGCCAUCUUGUGUUAAAAUGCGAACUUAGUAUAGUAAAUUUAUAAAUUUGAGUAGAUUAUUUAUUGGAUAUGACAUCAAAUGCAAUGUAUUGUGUGAUAUGGUGAAGGGCUACCCUUGUUAUGUAGUUGUAGUUGUACCUGUGUAUUAAUUUUUAGGGGUCGCGACAAUUUGUGCUCAAAUUAAGUAUUUCAAAAUGAAGACUAUUACAUUAUACAACGAUGUACUUUUAUAUUUUUGUAUGAACAACACAGAAGCGAUAAAGUUUUAAUUGUUGUAAUUUAUGAAAUAAAAGUCUUAAUUAUUUA